AUGAUGCAGCUCGCCGACGUCCUGCUGGAGGAGGGCAACGCCGUCACGUCCGCGCUCAUCGACCUCACCCUGGACCAAGACCUUCCCGCCGUCGCGGACUACGGGGAGCCGCCUCCACGGAGCGUUCACGCCGUGGUCAUCGACGCGCCUUCCGUCGCCGCGCUCGACGUCGCCACGGAGCUCGGGAUCCCGGCCUACACCUUCUUCGCCUCCAAUGCCUCCGUGGUCGCCAUGUUCCUCCAGCUUCCCUGGAUGCGCGCGGAAGGACAGCCGAGCUUCAAGGAGCUCGGACACGCCCGCGCCCCUAUCGAAUUCCACGGCGUCCCUCCCAUAUCGGCGUUGGAGCCCCUAAACUCCGGUGGCGCCGCGGAGGAGGCCCUGUGCCGCGCCGGAGGAGGGGGGCCGAGUGCGGGGUAG